AUGGAUAGAAGUGAACCUGCGUUAGUUCCAGAAUGGUUGAGAAGUGCUGGAAGUGUUGGUGGUGCUGGCAAUUCAGCCCAACAUUUUGCGUCCUCGUCUAAUCAUACCGAUUCCCAUUCUCCUUCUGCUGUCCAUAACAAUAGGAAUAGAUCUUCUAGGACUAGUGAUUUUGAUAGCUCGCGUUCUGUAUUUCUUGAUCGGACAUCUUCGUCAAGUUAUAGGAGGGGUUCUAUCAAUGGUUCUGCCAAACAUGCUUACAGUAGUUUCAACAGAAAUCAUCGUGAUAAGGACCGUGAUAGAGAGAAAGAUAGAUCCAAUUUUGGAGACCAUUGGGAUCGUGAUGGGUCUGACCCAUUGGCCAACCUUUUUUCUGGAAGGAUAGAGAGGGAUACAUUGCGCCGUUCUCAGUCAAUGGUUUCCAGGAAACAGGGUGAGACUUUACCUCGUAGAGUUGCAGCUGACACUAAAUCUGGUGGAAUCAGCAAUCACAACCAUGACAAUGGUGUACUUUCUGGGGGUAGUGUUGGCAGUAGCAUUCAGAAAGCCGUCUUUGACAAGGAUUUUCCAUCACUCGGGGCUGAAGAGAAGCAGGUAAUAGCUGAAAUAGGGAGGGUUUCAUCCCCUGGUUUGGGUGCCACAGCUAGUCCAAGUCUACCUGUUGGUAGUUCAGCUUUGAUUGGAGGGGAGGGAUGGACCUCUGCUCUUGCAGAGGUAUCUUCUCUAUCUGCGCAGCAAACUGUUACUGCAACUUCUGGAUCUGUUUCUUCUAGUACAUCAGCUGGGCUUAAUAUGGCCGAGGCAUUGGCACAGGCUCCAUCCCGAGCUCGUUCAACUCCCCAGGUGUCGGUGAAAACACAGAGGCUUGAGGAACUGGCUAUCAAACAGUCAAGACAGUUGAUUCCAGUAACACCAGCUAUGCCUAAGGCUUUGGCUCUUAAUUCUUCUGAGAAAUCAAAAUCAAAAAUAGCUAUCAGAAAUGCUGAGAUGAAUGUAGCUACGAAGAGUGUGCCUCAGCAACCCUCUGCAUCGCACAUUGGUAGUCAAUCUGCUCGCAGUGUAAAUGCCAAAGUUGAUGUUCCUAAGACUUCUGGGAAGUUUAUUGAUCUUAAAUCGGUGGUGUGGGAAAAUGGUGCUUCCCCUACUUCUAAGGAUGUUUCUAAUAAAUUGACAAAUCAACAUGCUGUUGCUUCAGCAGCUGCUCCCACACCAGUGAAGAACCCCAACAACCUAAAAUCCUCCACAGAGCGGAAGCCAGCUCCUUUGGAUUUGAAUUUAGGCUCUACUUUGGACAAGAAACAAACCAUUUCUCAAGUGAAGAGCCGGAAUGAUUUCUUCAAUUUGCUUAAAAACAAAAAAGCAACAAACUCGUCUACCGUUCUUCCAGAUUCUGGCCAAAUGGUUUCAUCUCCCCCAUUGGAAAACUCUGCUGAAGUAAACAUGGAAUCAGUCAUGCCUUCUACAAGUCCUCAAUCUGUUGGAAAUGGUGCUGAACUGACUAGUAACGGCAAUGCUCACGCACAAGAAAUGCCCUGCAGAAUUUCUGAUGAUGAAGAGAAAGAUUCUAUUUCUAGAGCUACAGUCUACCCAGAUGAGGAAGAAGCUGCAUUUCUUCGUUCUCUUGGCUGGGAGGAAAAUUCAGAUGAGGAUGAAGGCCUAACUGAAGAGGAGAUCAAUGCCUUUUAUCAGGAGGUGUGCAAGAAAUUGGACCCCUCCACACUCAAGCUAUGCAUUGAGGGUAUGCAGCCACAGCUGUCCAAGUUGUUUGAUUCUUGUGCAUCUGACUUGCGAGGAGCAUCUGCAGAAUUGAACUCUUCUGAUCCCAGAUCCGAAGCUUAA